AAGGUUUACUUGCAUUUCUUUUUCCUGCAAAACUUCUGCGAGAAGCUUCAUCGUUCAUCUUCUGUUCGUGAACUGUGGUAACAACUGGGGAUCCCUACAUCAACUCUUUCAAAACCGAAAUCAGGUAUUGUACCCAAACUUCUGAUUUCUGAUUUAAUCGAAGUGUUUCUCUCCUUUCUACCUUUCUGUGAUUGAUUUAGAGUCCUUCGAAGGAAGUUAGGGUUAGAGGGGAGAAGGAUCUUGAAUGUGCAACAAAAAGGGGGUUUUUGUUUGUUGUUUUUUUUUUUUUAUUUCCUGACUUAUUCUUCCCCCCUACUUCGUGCAGAGUUUGAGAAAAUGUCAUUGGAAAGAUCAGAAAGUAUAGUAGGGAGUGAGGUGGAGCCUUUGGACUAUGGGGGUAUGGACUCAGAGAGUAGUCCAUCUCCCACUAGUUCGGAGGAAACAGUGGAGGGAGUUAGAGGAGAUGAGGUGGUGGGUGUUGGGGGGGGUGAGGUGGUAGAGGUUGGGAGGAAUGAGGUGGUGGGGGUUGGGGUAGAUAGCUUACCCAUCACCGUAGUAGAAGUAGAAAGUAAUGGGGAGAGAGGUUAUGAUAGAAAUGCAGAUAUAGUGGAGGAAGUGAAGCAGUACCGAUCUGAACUAAGGACCAGGGAUGACCUGUGUCACUUAGUAGAAACGUACGAGAUCUCUUCUCGGGUGUUAGUUAGGCCAGCUGGGGUAGAGGAGAGGGCAUGUUCUGCUCCUCGGGAUCACUGGAUGCCUGUGUAUUCCCACUACUUGAUGGCGGGACUCAGGUUUCCACUUCCUGAGUUGCUGAUAGGUUUGUUGUUAGACUACAACAUAGGGUUGACACAGUUGGUUCCCAACGCAAUGAGGGGUAGUAGCAGGAGAGAUAAGGGGUGGUAUUAUUUCACCCCAAGGGUAGCUAAUAAGGAGGGUAGGAUUUUGUUCACAGCAGGUCCUUCAUCCAUUAAGGGAUGGAAGGAAAAAUUCUUUUUUGUGGAUGAUACGGAGUGGGGGAAGGGAGAUGCCGAGGUGAGGGCGUUAGCUUCCUGGAAGGCCAAAAGGGCCAACCAGAAUAAGUUUAGUUUAACCGAGGAUGAAGAGGAAGAAGUGGGGAUGUUGGUGAGGAAGAGGGGAGAUGUGUUGAACAUCAUGGACCUCACCAGCGCAGCAUGCAUAGAGGCUGCUGAGCUCUAUGGGCCAAGUGCUCUGAGUGAAGCUGACAUGAAUCAAUUUCUGGGUACGGCUGGAGGAAAGGCGAUCCCCAAGAAGCCAAGAAAGAAGUCAAGGACUUCAACCAGACAAGUGGAUGAGGGGACAACUGGGAAGGAGGUGGUGCCCACUGCUUCAGUUGAGACGGGGGAGGAGGUGCCACCACUGAAGAGAAAGGGUUGGGAGGAGAAGAGGGCCUUGGAGAAGAAGAAGAAGGUGGUGGAGGAGGUGGAGAGGAAUGAGGUGCUUGAGUUUGUACCUCAGCCUCCUCCUGUUGAGCUGGACCCCAAGCUCAGACAGUUGGAGGAGGGGGCUGAGGUACGGGCUCCUGGUAAGGGGAAGGGCCCUGUUGCCCCUGCUGUGCCUCACAGCAGCCUGUUCGAGGCAAAGAACAUGAUGGGGGCUAGGUGGUUUAUCAACAGCACCUUCCCCGAGGUGGACAAGCGCAACGCGCGGGAGGAAGCUCUGAGGUACGGGGGUGCAGCUGUUGUGAAGCACAUCCUUGAGAGCGCGAGCUGGGUGAAUGGUCUAGCCCAGGAGUUCAGAGAUAGUGUCAAGGACCGUGCACUCUUGCAGAGGCAGCGAGACCAGCUGCAGAAGGAGAAGGAAGAGUUGGAGAAAAAGAAUAAGGAGCUGCAAGAGUCUCUGAACGAGGUGGUUCCAACUCUGAAGCAGUUGGAGCAGGAGAGGGCUUCUCUGGGCACCAAGCUCGGCUUCGAAGAGACCAAGCGAAAGAUCUCUGAAAGCGAGCGUGAUGCUCUGGCGCAAGAGUUGAAACUGACGAAGGAGGCCUUCUUGGAGCUGAAGGGGAAUGUGCAGACCUUGAAGGUGAAGAUUGUUUAUCCCGAAGUGGAUGUGACAAGGAUAACUUUUGGAGAGCAAGAAGCUGGAGUGGAGGAAGAUGGUGAAAGCAUGUCAGCAGACUUCCGCCCAGAAAUCAAACUGAAGUGGGAUUAUGAUGCUGAUGGACGCACUGUUUUUCCUCCGAACUUCGACUUCAAGUUCGUGGUAGUAGGAGAAGAAGGGGCAGAGGUAGAGGAGGUGAAGGCAAGAGUGGAAGGAGUUGGAGUGGAUGAGAGCCAACCAGUUCCAGAAGUGGAGAUCCAUCCAGUUCCUUCUGAUGAUGAUCAGCCUCCCCUGCCAGACGAGCAGCAGCCAAGGCAGCCACCUCUUCCAGCUGAAGAGGAGCCAGUGGAGCCACCUCCUCCAGCAGAGAAUUAGCUUUGUUUUGUUGUUUUUACUUUGUUGUAAAACAUUUAAAUAGUUUGUAAUAUUUUUGCUAAAUUAAAUGAAAUUAUGUUUUUGUU